CAAUCAGAAUCAUGAUGUGAACAUAUGUUUGAUACUGAUUUUGUAAAACAUGAAAACUUAGUUUCAUUUUAGUUUUGUUAUUUUGUUUAUUGUACUAUUCUUCUGGUGCAUUGUCUUUGGUUUAUGUCCUACACUCACCAGUGAGCCGAAAUACUAAGAAAACAUGGAUGUGAUUAAAGCUCUAAGUUGGAAGUUGCGAUGUACAUACCAUCGGAAAAAGCACUUACUUUCAUUAUUUAUGGUAAUAUGUAUUUCGUCGAAUCUAUUAACAGCUUACUACAUCGGAAAGAACACUCAUAACAUUAUACUGCCCCCGCUAAUAAGUAGACACAAAUUAGUGAGUGAGAUACCAAUUUAUUACGCUACUGUUGACGUAUUGUACACUCCAGUCAAUAAAGACACAGAAGAGAUUAUGAAAAAGUUCAAAGAUAAUAAUGUAACUGCUCUAAAGGAGGUUAAAGGGAUGGAAACUGAGAAAAAGAUGGAGGCGUGGUUGCACAAACAGCAUUUCAAUGAAAGCGAAGAUGACAUCGGAUUUGGGAUUAUAUUCAAGGAGACAUCAACCACAUCACUCAUUUACACGAUAAGAUGCACAAAAAUGUUGGACUGGCAUACAGAUGAGUUGCUUAUCGAAGGCACAGAUCCUUUUCUUAGCGGAUAUGAUUAUGGUGCAAGUGGGUUCCUUCUUAUUCAAUCGUUGAUAAAUUCAGGCUAUUUGGCCUAUAUAGGGGUUGAGGAGUCAACUUGGCAUAUGCAAGUAUUUCCAUUUCCAGCAAGACCAUUAAUUUUAGGUCUUAUCGACAACCAAUGGAACUUUAUAUUAGGUGUCAUUAUACAAUUGUACCCAUUUUACAUAAUAAUGAUAAAUUAUGUAAUAAAGGAAAAGUCCAAGGGUGAAAAAGAAUUGAUGGUGCUCAAUGGUGUAAAACGUCCGUUGAUUUUUGCCUAUUGGGUUGUCUUUUUUGCCAUUUUAUUCUUCUUUGUUGCUACAUUAUCGACUCUGCUGUUAAAAAUACCGUUCUUUUCAACUGCUACACUCUCAAACACAAACUGGUUCGUAUAUUGGUUUCUUCUUCUGUUGCAUUCAGUUGCGAUGACGUUUUUCAUUCUUACAGUAUGCUCAUUUUUUAAUAAGGCUACAUAUGCGCAGUCGUUAAUAAUAUUGGUGAUAUUUUUAUGUUAUUCAUUAAUUCAGUACCUAAAAAUUUAUACGACAUCCUUUCUUGGGGUCAUCAUCUCGUUUAUACCGAUUGGGGCUCUUAUACAAGGCCUCUUGUUAAUAGUAGAAGGUGAACAAACAGGAGACGGUUUAAGAUUUUCGGAUGCAUUUACUUUCCAGUCCAAUCAAAAGUACGGGCCUUAUCCUUUGUUAAUACUGAUUAUGCUAUUCUCGAUUUUGUUUUACAUCGGGCUACAGUUAUAUAUAGAUGCCAUAAAACCCGGUAAAUUUGGAGUGGGCAAACCUUGGCACUUUAUUUUCAGCGCAUUCUUCAAGAAACACGAUAAGGAGGAAAUAAUCCCAGAGUCGACAGGUAAUGCACCGAUCCUUGAAAAUGUCAAGUUACCUGUCGGCAUUCAAGUGAAAAACCUAUAUAAAGUGUAUGGUUGUUUUAAUGCCAUUAACAAUCUCACAAUUGAUAUUUACAAAAAUCAAAUAACCGCUCUACUCGGUCAUAACGGAGCUGGAAAAACCACUCUAUUUUAUAUAAUAUCAGGAAUUCAUGCUCCAACGUCUGGUCAUAUUUAUUUCAACAAUAUCGACAUAUUCAAUGACCUGCACUUCUUCAGGGAAUCAUUGGGGUUUUGCCCGCAGGACAACUUACUUCUUGAAGACCUCACCGUGAAAGAACAAAUCGUGUUUUUUGGAAUGGUGAAAGGAUUAGCUCCGACAAAUGUACUGCAGUCUACAAAAGUCUUAAUAGCAAAGCUCGCAAUGCAAAAUAAGCUUAACGCCCUGCCAAAAAAAUUGUCAGGAGGAAUGAGGCGCAAAUUAUGCCUUUUGAACGCUUUAGUCAACAACCCUCCUAUACUUCUGUUGGAUGAACCGACUUCAGGAUUAGAUCCUGAGUCAAGGCGUAACAUAUGGGAUGUUCUGUUGAGUCUGAGGGAAGACAGAAUAAUCUUGAUUAGUACGCAUUUCAUGGAAGAAGCAGACGUCCUCGGAGAUAGAAUCGCCAUUAUAGCACACGGCGAAUUAAGAUGCUAUGGAUCAGCGAUGUUCCUUAAGAAACAAUUCGGUUCUGGCCAUAAAAUUACAAUAAGUUAUCAAAAGGAGAACACCAGAGCUAUAGUAAAAAUGGCCGAAAGCUAUUCGUUCACAAGAGUGAUAGAAUUCAGCCAGUUGAAAAAGAUUACAAUCGACGUACCAAUGGAAAAUACAUCCCAGAUGUCCACGAUACUCUAUCAACUUGAAAAUUCAAUUAGCAGUUCGAGCAAAAUUUCAGUAUCGGCUUCUUCAAUGGAAGAAGUCUUCCUUAAAGUUCUUGAACAGGAGGGAAUUUCGACUGGAUACAAAGAGGAAGAUAUAUUGGCUCUUCUUAAUCUAACAGAAAAGCAAACAGGAUUUAUUCUAGUUCUCCAGCAGUUUCUUGCUUUAAUGUACAAAAGGCUAUUAUGCUUGCGAUACGCAUGGCCGACAUUAGUCAUUAUGCUUGUAAUAGUGCCCAUCAUUAUUACUAUAAUCAUAAUGCUACUAUCCGCAAAGGUUAUUACGCCGUACAGCCCGCCGUUUAGGUUGAAACUUGCUGAGUAUGGAAAAACGACCGUUUUGAUCGGAGCAAUACCGGACAGCGCCACUGCUAGGGCUUUUACAAGAGGAGCUAAAGACAAUAAAGCGAAGGCCAUAGUUGACCAAAAUCUAACAGCAGUGCUCUUUAAAUCAUUGCUACGCAAUAUUGAAGAAUUCAAAAAUAAUUAUAUAAUAGCUGCUGAUUUAAUAAAUAGAACAACAGUAUUAUAUUCUCCAUUCGCUUUUCACUCACCAGCUAUUGCCGUUGAUGCAAUGUUCAAUUAUUUAAUUGAAAUAAAAAAACCAGGAAGUGAAAUUGAAACAAUCAAUCUACCUUAUGAAUUUAAUGCUAAAUCAUGUGAAAUAGACUUGGUAGGUGAAAAUUUGGAAAUAACGGUAUUGUGGUUGUUUUUCAUUAUUUUUUUCACGACCUCGCUUGGAGUAUUUUCGGCCUAUCCGAUUAUGGAAAGAACCAUCGGAUUCAGACACCUCCAAAAACUGACAGGAGUGAGUUCAAUACUGUGCUGGGCCACCAAUUUAUUAUUUGAUAUUAUUUUGGUUUCCAUUUCACUGAGUUUAGUCAUUUUAACUAUUCUAAUAUUCGACACGGAGGACACAUAUAGGAGUGUAGAAUUGCUCGGUACAUUUUUUCUGAUGAUGCUAACAUUUAGCAUAGUAAUUAUUCUUUUAUGCUACUUGACAAGUUUUUGGUUCUCAAAUUAUGAUCUAGCAACAGCUACUAUAUUGUUUGUACUUUCUAUAUUGGGUGUCGCUACCAGUGUGGCCACAUUUAAUGAAACAUUGGGCCAAAUGCUGACAGCCAUGUUGCCAUUUUCUCCAUUUGGAGCAAUAAUUUUUAUAAAUCUAGUCCUUAUCCCAAAUCAUUUAGCAAGAAAUAGAUGUGAAAGGUGUAUGACAGAAACACGAAAAGAGAAGUGUUUAGAAGUACAGCAACCCUUUCUAGAAAAUGACUAUGUAAAAUUAAGUUUUAACGCUCUCUUAGAAACUAUUAUGUUACUUAUCAUUAUCAUAAUCGCUUUGGACUACAAUAUAAUUCAGGAUUUCUACAACCAAGUCUUUGGACCGAGGUAUAAGAAAGCUGAGAAAGAGGAAAAGGAAGAUGAUGAUGUAGUAGCGCACAGAGAUGCGACGAAGGCUCACAUGCAAAAUAUAAUUUUGAGUAAAAAAGGAAAGAAGACAUUACAAUUAAAAAGAUUUAGCAACUCUUCCCAAGAUACAGAGGCUUCAACGCUUGGGAAAAUACCACUGCAAACAACCAGCUCGCAACAGGUUAUUGCGGAAAAGACGGAAAAGGAGUUCACCGUGUAUAUCAACGGCUUGUGCAAGAAGUACAACCGGAAAUCCACAGCGGUCCAUGAUGUCAGCUUUUUAGUUGAGAGCGGUGCAUGCUUUGGACUCCUUGGGGUGAACGGAGCCGGCAAGUCCACAACAUUCAAAAUGCUGACUGGUUUGAUCCUUCCUACCAAGGGUGAUGCAGUACUUGUAGCAGACCAAUUAUAUUCACUCGAACACAGUGCCUUAUCUUUUAUUCAAAAUAUCGGCUACUGCCCUCAAGACCAUUGUCUGAUAAAUGUUUUAUCUGCAAGACAGUUAUUGUACAUUUUUGCGUUUUUGAGAGGUGUGAAAUUAAAAAAUGUCAAAAAAGUCAUCAAUUGGUGGAUAACAAAUUUAGAUCUACAUCUUUACUGUGACAAGGCAUGUGGUAAAUACAGCGGUGGCAAUAAAAGAAAAUUGAGCACAGGCCUCGCUUUGAUCGGUGAACCAAAGUUGAUUUUAAUGGACGAACCGACGACUGGAGUAGACUUAGUUACCAAAAGGAAGUUGUGGCAGGUUUUCCAGUUGAUAAAACACACGAAACAGACCAUGAUUCUCACCUCUCAUAGCAUGGACGAGUGCGAAGUAGUCUGCAGUAAGCUUACCAUUAUGGUCGCAGGUAGGAUGAAAUGUAUCGGAGACAUACAGUACCUCAAGCACAAGUUCACCCUCGGCUUCACGAUCGACCUCAAGAUUGAUGUCGAGGCUAAUGAAAAGGUCAUCAGCAAUAUUAAAAAAGUCUUCAUGAACACAUACGGGGCAAAAUGUAUGCUUCAAGAUGAACACCAGGGUUUUUUGUCAUUUGCUGUAAAUGAGAUAAAUUUUUAUUGGUCGAAGGAGUUCAGUAAAAUAGAAUCAAUCAAGAGCAGUACAAAAGGAAUUGAGGAAUAUACUGUAACAGCCACUAGUCUCGAACAGGUAUUCCUUAGCUUUGCUAAAGAUGCAAUAGAAAAAGCUAAAGAAGCGGCUCCAACAACUCAGCCUACUGAACCAACUCAACCAACUGAGCCUCUUAAACCAUCUGAGUCUCCUAAAUUGCCUGAUCCUCCUAAACCAGCUGAGCCUCUUAAGCCAGUUGAGCCUCCUAAACCGGCUAAACCAACUAAGCCAUCUAAAAAAUAAACCAACUUUAAAAAAAAUAUUUAAAAAGAAAAUAUAUAUAUAAACAUAUU